AUGGAAAAAGGAGCAAAAGAGCCUCAAACCAUGAUCCAUGCAAGUUUCCAAGUCAAGAGCAUCAUUUUAUCUCCAAGUGACAAUUCUCGCUAUCGAGCAGGAACGAAGCUUCGGAAGUUUGGCCGCGAACGGAGGAGUUCCCGACGUCCAAAAGUCACGAUCUUGAUAUGGAAAGAUAGAUACUUGAGUCAUGCAUCACGUAGAAGUGGAAUGAAGUCAUUUGGAUCCACCAUCGGGCCGGAACUUAUUUUCUACCGAGACAUGUCCGGUUAG